AUGACAAGUUUCUCGAAGCUCUUCAACUAUUUGACAGAGAUUGGAAAAAAAUUGAAGAUUUUGUUGGUUCAAAAACAGUUAUUCAGAAGUCAUGCCCAGAAGUACUUUCUGAAAGUUCAGAAGAACGGGACAGUAGCACAUGUGCCUCCUCCUCGUCCUAAGCGUAAAGCUGCACAUCCCUACCCACAAAAGGCAUCCAAAAAUGUUUUUGUGCCAUUGCCAGCUUCCCUGGAAAUUGUUUCUUCCACUAUAGCUGCCAUGGAUGUACUAAAUGGAACUUUCCACCACUUAUUUCUCUUAUAUGAAGUUACUGAUUCAGCUGAUAUUGGACCGAAGGGGGUGACAAGAAUUGGCAAAAGCAGUCUUAGUGAUGUUGGGAACUCUACUAGAAAGUUGUCUGCCAUUGAGAUAUCAAAACAAAGGAAACAGGCUCAGGUGCUUCAUGGUUUACCAGAUUUUGCUGAAGUUUAUAGCUUCAUUGGAAGUAUUUUUGAUCCUGACACAAAAGGCCAUGUCCAGAAGCUGAAGGAAAUGGAUCCUAUAAAUUUUGAAACUGUUUUGUUGCUAAUGAAAAACCUCACUUUCAACUUGUCUAGUCAUGACUUUAUGCCCGUUGUAAAUUUCAAAUAA